AUGCAGCCCGCCGACCAUCCUUCGCAGCGCUCGCCAAGAACCCAUGUCGACAGCGCUCCGCUGCCCACCGACUCCAUGGUCACAGUCCCCCUCUCCGAGACCGACGGACCAAGUCCAGAUGACGACGACACCGACACCUCACCCGCCGCCGCUGCUGCCGCCGCCGCCGCACUGCCCCGCCCAGACAUCGUCGUCGAGGAGCGCCGGACCUCGUCGCGCGCAGACUCGAUCGAGAUCCGCAAGGCUUUUGGACGUCGCAGCAGCCAGGCCAGCGUCGACGCACCCACCCCAACAAGCCCGACAAUCUCAGUCCGCGACACGGACGCGCCCGUGUCCCCCAAGAAAGAUGCGAGGGAGAGGCGAACAAGCAAUGGUUCAGGCAAGAGCGAGGAAGUUGAUUGGGCCGAGCUCGAGAAAAAGGAGGAGCAGGAGCCAGAGGGCGAAGAAGAGGCCAUGGCUCUGCUACUUGCACGCCUCGAGCAGGAAAACGACGCCAUCCUAUCAGACUCCAAAUCAAACAUGAAGAUCGCCCGUGCACGCAGCCAGUCGCGGCCCCCCUCCUUCAACCAGCUCAAGCGCCUGGUUGCCGAUGAGUCCUCGCAGGUCCGCCUGUCGCAGCUGCCCUCGCCCCCGCCCAUGACGGAGCUCGAGUUCUGGGCUGCCCUCGUGCGCGACUACCCACAGACGAUCCAGCGCCUGCCCACGCUCUGCUUGAACAAGAUCCGCGGAGGCAUCCCCGCUCCCCUGAGGGGCGUUGUCUGGCAGAGCGCAGCAGGCUCGCGCCAGAAGCUGAUUGAGGACCAGUAUGACACGCUGUGCGGCGAGUCGACCCCAUAUGAGAACAUCAUCAACAAGGACCUCGGCCGAAGCUUUCCCGGCGUUGACAUGUUCAAGGAUGCCGACGGCGAGGGCCAGAAGAUGCUUGGCCGCGUGCUCAAGUGCUUCAGCUUGUACGACCAUAAGAUUGGCUACUGCCAGGGCCUCGGCUUCCUCGUGGGCCCGCUGCUCAUGCAAAUGGGCGACAAGGAGGCUUUUUGUGUACUCGUCAGACUCAUGGAAGACUACGAUCUCCGUUCAUGCUUCCUGCCUGAUCUUUCAGGCCUGCAUCUUCGUAUUUUCCAGUUCCAGAAGCUGCUCCACCAGCACAUGCCACAGUUGGCCCAGCACCUCGAUGACCAGGGCGUAGAAUCUGCCUAUCUUUCCCAGUGGUUCCUUUCCUUUUUUGCCGUCACCUGUCCCCUGCCCAUGCUGUUCCGCAUAUAUGAUGUUCUGUUUGCAGAGGGCGCUUCCGAGACAAUCAUGCGUGUCGCGCUGGCGCUCAUGAAGCGCAACGAGCAAAAGCUCCUGUCCCUAACUGAAUUCGAAGAUGUAAUGCAGCUGCUGCUUGGUCGCCAACUCUGGGAUCCAUAUGGCCGGAAUGCGGGGUCGGCUGAUGAGUUGGUUGCCGAUUUUGUUGGCUUCACAAACGAUGUGACGCGGGAAAGGUUACAGGGAUUGGAGCAGCAAUACAAGGAAGCCCAGGAAAAGGAGUCAUCCAAGCAGCAGGUCCAGAAAUCCGCUUCGUCCUUUCUGGGGCGUCUGUGGGGCCCCUCCAGCUCUUCGACCAAGUCGGUUUCACUCAGCCCCGGUCUCUCUGCGCCUUCACGGCCUGUUAGCUUCCUUAGGCGCUCCGCCUCCAAGCAGAGUCUUGCUUCGACACUCAACUCAACCGCCGACUCCGACGCCUCCAACACGACCCAAAGCACAGCCAUGACAGAACUCUCACGGGCAUCCAACGGCGACGCCUUGUCGAUGAAGUCGGGCCAUGGCUCCAUGGCCAUGGGCGCCUCGUCACGGGAUCGGGACCUGCACUACCAGAUUGAACAGCUGCUCAUGUCGGUCAGCCAGCUGCAACGACAGAACAGCGAGCUCGAAGCAGCGCUUCAGAAGCAGCGCGAAGACCGCAAGGAGGACCAUCGCAUCGUGCGCACCGUAGUCGACAAAGUCCGGAAGAAGACAUCAACACUCUCGGUCCCGUCAACACGAGCAUCGCGAAGGCGGACAACCAUUACCGCAGCGUCGGUCGCGGCUGCGCUGGAGGAGGGCGCGGCUGGAAACGAGUUGACGGCCGAAGCCUCGGAAAUUGUCCAGGUCCUGGAAUCUCGCUUUCCCGAAUCGCAAACACACCACCGCGCUUCAUCUAUUUUCGAGACCAAGGAGGUUCUGCGGGAUAACCUGACGCGGACAAAGGAGCAACUCGCAAAUGAAACACUGCGCGCCAAUGCGCUGGCGCGGGAUCUGAACGAUCGCGAUGCCGAAUUGCAAAUUGCGCGGGACGCACUCAAAGACACCAGACAGCGGCUGCAAGACAGUUAUAACCAAAACCAACGGCAGGAAAAGACGAUUCAGGAACUCAGGCAACAUGCAAGAAAACAGUCGGCUGCUGCAUCCUGGUCAGCGGGCGACAGCCACGGAUCUGACACACCACCCUCGCUGUCCCGCUCAACCACCUCAGACAGCGUAUCCGGGGGCCUCCGAGAACUCCGCCUCGGGCGAACACCGUCCCAGAAAUCGGACCGGGCAUAUACUCCCACACCCGCACCCUUUACUUUUAACAAACGCUCUUCCUCACUCCUUACGCAAUCGGUUCUCGCAACGGACAACAACGCGCCGGCCGAUAGCGAGGCCCUGCUUCUCGAACUCGUCAACGCCAAAACGGCCGAGGCAGUGGCCCGCCAGGAACUCGAGGAAUUCAAGACCAAAUUCGAAAAUAUGAAGCGCGUUAUUAGUGGGCACGGUCCUAUUCCGGGUAACACUACACCGCCGGCGGUAACGACAUCGCCGGCUUCUACACCGAGUCCUGCACCCAAGGAACCAGCGGGGAAUGCGGGUGGAGGUGGAGGAGGGUGGGGAUGGGCGGGAUGGAAGAGAUCGGUUAGUACGAAUAUAGUGAGUGGCUCUUAG